UUUUGUUUGUUUAUAUUUAUCUCGAGGGAAAUUUUUACUCUUUUUAGUUUUUAAUUUUUAGUGUUUUACAAUUGGAUUCAUAGAUAAGCAAAGAUGAGCUCGGAUCUGAGUCACUUUAGUUCAGUUUUCCCUGCUCUCUUGGAGUCCAUUUUUAUGUCCUCCUCCCUGGUAGUGAUUCUUGUCGACUGGAAUCACAGCUUUCUGGAGACGUCACUGCUGAGGCUGAUCCAGAGUUAUCUCCCUCAGUGGAGGAAGAGAAACAUCAGACAAGAUGUUUACAUCUGUCUGGUCAUAACAGCACUAGCUUUAAUGUACAGCAACUCCAUGAAAAGCUUUGCUAUCAACACAGAAAACUGUAGAAUUGCUGGGGCUGCCAUUGUUGUUCUACUGUCAUUUUGGCUGCAGAGCAAAACAAAUGAAGGAAGUGUGUCAGAUAAGUGUGUAGGUACCUCAAAGGUCCCAGUCUCCGACAAAUCAGUGGGUGGAUCCUCAGUUAAUCACAAGGAUCAGUCGACUACUGCCUCCACCUGCUGUAGGGCCAGGGUACCUCAGUUCAUUCUGUCUCUGUCCCCCACCUCAGGACCUCAGUCUGAGGUGAACAUUGAGGAGGAGCUGAGGAGGACCUAUGUGGAGGACUUUAGGAAACAGGUGAAUGAGGAGGAGAUAACUCAGGAUGAACUGAUCACUGCCAUAAACUACCUCAACACACUCAAGGGAGGUAUAGAAGCCAACAGAAGUUGUGACAAGCUGAUUGAUUCAGUGGACCAUAUUCAGAGAAUGGGACAGAUGUCACGCCUGGACGACUCCGGCCUCCCCCUGGAUUUCUCCUAUGAGGAACUCUGUCACAUCAUUGUAGAGGAGAAGGGCUAUCUCUUGGAGGAUUUUGAGAGAGUGGUGGAAAAGUGGCUUAAAAACAACAGUUUCCUCCCCUCUCCUGAGGAGUUUGCUGAAAUCCACCGUGACAUGAAAGGUAUAGUACAACUAGAGAGGGAGGUGGAGGAGAAGGAUAGAGAGAUGGAGGAGAAGGAUAGAGAGAUGGAGGAGAAGGAUAGAGAGAUGGAGGAGAAGGAUAGAGAGAUGGAGGAGACCCGACAGGAGAUGGAGGAGACAUUAGAGAGGACAAUGAGGGUGGUGGAGGAGACCACACAGGAAGUGAGGGAAUCCAAACAGAAGAAUGAGUCACUCAGACAGAGGCUGCAGCAGAGAGAGCAGGCCUUACAGCAGAACCAGCAGGCCUUACAGCAGAGAGAUCAGGCCUUACAGCAGAGAGAUCAGGCCUUACAGCAGGAGAGACAGCAAAGUCAGCAGGCCCUUCAACAGAAGGACAGACUCCUUGAUCAGGAGAGACAGAGGGUAAGAAUGUUGGAGGAGAGAAGUCAUCAGGUCCCUGAGGGGGAGUGGCAGAGGAGGCUACGUGAGCUGGAGGAGGAGAUUCGCCGUCUCUCCGCCCAGUCUGACCGCUCCAAGUGUAAGAUCUGUCGUGUAGAGGAGGUCCAGGUGUCCUUCUCCCCAUGUAAUCAUCUCAUCUCAUGUAAGGGAUGUGUGGACAGUCUACCACAGAAAAAAUGUCCUCUCUGUAGGCAGCAAAUUCAGGGAACAGUCAAUGUUUUACUUGCUUAAAGAGAGAGGAAAUCUAGGUUUUAGUGCUAACUGUAUUCACAGCAUGUUUUUUUUUUUUUUUUAAAAUGUUUACUCAUUUGUUAUUAUCUGAUAUUCUUUCUUUAUUAUUGCUUUCAUUAAGUUGAAAUGAGAAAUUCAGCUUUUUUCAUAAACAAUUUUGAAAUUAUUCAAUAUCUUUGUUUCAACGCA